AUGGCGACCUCUCUCACUUCCCCUGUACCCAUUGUCUGCGUGUGCGUCGCCACGCUUCGUGAGGAGUUUGACCGUGGCGUGGACGUGCAACUGGACGAAGACUACAGCGUCCACGAUGUCGCCGCUCUGCUCAAAGAGUUCCUGCGAGACAUGCCCGACCCGUUACUGACCAAAGAGCUCUACACGGCGUUUAUACACACCACACUGCUGGAUAAAGAGGAUCAGCAGAAUGUGGCCCAGCUCCUGAUCCACCUGCUCCCAGCAUGCAACAGUGACACUCUGCACCGGCUGCUGGAGUUCCUGUCCACGGUGGCGGACCACGCCCAGGACCAGAUCGACAAAGACGGACGAGAGGUGAGAACGAAGUUUGGAGGUCACUGUGACGUGUAA